UUUUUUUUUUUUUUAUAAUCCAGGUAUCGGUGCUUACACUUUUCUAAUCUUAGACCUAUGACCCUCCUAAGAACUAUAGACAUGUAAAUUCGGAUUUGAUCUCAAUUAGUAAAAUCAGUAUUGGCUCCAACUGACACACAAUCCAAUAAGGAAUUAAAUCACUUGCAUCAAGUUUAUAGCAUUUUAGGAGGCUAUAAAUGCUCUUCCCCUUUACCCAAAUGAGCAGAUAAUGUGGGAUGAAAGCCUUGUUCCAAGCAUCAGCCACACUGGGGAAGGCUGUCUAGCACUCCCAAAACUUAAUUUACAGUUUCUGACUCUUCAUGAUUACCUGCUUAGAAAUUUCAACCUUUUCCACCUUGAGUCAACGUUUGAGAUCCGGGAGGACAUCCAAGAAGCUGUGCCACAUCUCCUUGCUCAUAUUGGUAAACGAGGGAGAGACUGGUUUCCGUGGUUGGUCUAGAAUGGCUGUGCCAAUUAAAGAAUUUAAGAUUACUGAGGUAAAGCAGCCAAAUAUUGGAGAGGUGAAGCCAGCCCAGAAGUUACUUUCAGCAUUUCUAGUUACAAAACUCAAAUACGAUCUGAAUGGAAUGCCCUUAAAGAACACGAUGUUCUCCUUCUACUAUCUAUUCGCCCUACAUUUGAGCCCCUAAGUGCAGACGAAUCUGCAAAAGCAACUGUCCCUCAGAAACUUGGUCUUCAAUAUGUAUGUGGUUGUGAAAUUAUUGAGAUCCGAGAUGAGGAGGGAACCCUCAUGAAUGAUUUCACUGGGAGAAUUAAAAGGGAUGAAUGGAAGCCUGCGAAAGGUGAUCUGAGAACUGUAACUAUUGCUCUUGAUACCGCCCAAUACCAUAUGGAUGUCACUGAUAUAGCAGAGAAAGGAGCAGAAGAUGUUUAUGGUAACUUCAAUGUACUCAUAAGGAGGAAACCCAAGGAAAAUAAUUUCAAAGCUAUUUUAGAAUCCAUACGAGAUUUGAUGAAUGAAACUUGUAUAGUUCCUGAUGAUUGGUUGCAUGAUACAUUUUUGGGGUAUGGUAACCCUUCUGCAGCACAGUGGACGAAUAUGCCAGAUCUCCUCGAUACAGUUGAUUUCAAAGAUACCUUCCUUGAUGCUGACCAUGUCACAGAGAGUUUUCCAGAUUAUCAGCUUGGUUUGUUUUAUAAAUUCCGAUGGCACAGAAAACUUGUAACCAAAUCCCCCUUUUCGAAUUGCGCUUCCAAGGAAUCUGAAAGGGAAUGCUCAGGCCCUUCCUGGCAAUGAAAAGUCUUCUGUAACUUCAAUUAACGAUACUAAUAUGGUGGAUGCCAGUACUGAGAGGGUAAAACUUAUUGUUGAGGCUUAUGUUCCUCCUGACCCAGGUCCAUAUCCACAGGAUCAGCCAAAGCAGAAUUCGGUCAGAUUUACACCAAUACAGGUACCAAUGCAUCUUGUCAGUGGUCUUGAAGAGAUGGAGAGCAUUGUCAAUUAUAAAAUUUAUCAGGUAUUAUUCUUUAACCUACUGUAAGACAUUACAUUUGUGUAACAAAAUUCAUUUUUCACCCACAUAAAUAUGCUAAGAUACCUUAGUGGGGAAUAGAGGAUAAAUUUUGUUAUGAUUUCGAUGGUUGUGAUUUAGCUGUUAGUUGAUGCUAUGCUUCUGCUGGACAAGGCUUAGUAGGACGCCUGUAGCUUUCUGCAUUCAAUAAAUUUAAGGCCCUUUUUAUUCUUUUUUGUCUCUAAGAAUCUUGGGAAUGACAAGCCAGUUGAUUGUGAUGUUUUGGUACCAGCAGUUGUGUCCCAACAUUGCUUCUUGAUAAUCAGGGUAGACUUCCAUUGGCCUUCAUUCCUCUUUUGACUUUUAAUAAUAUCAGCAAGAGGAUGACCUUAAAGUGAUUUUGAUAGAAAAUGGAGAAGAAAAUGGAAUUGGCUGCCAAAUGACUUGCUGAGUGUUUUGUAUGAUCUUUUGCACAAUCUAGAGGUUAACUAAGUUGACGGUUUGUUAA